AUGGCGAAAUUUUGCUUGACUUUUGUCUUAAUCUGUAUGACUUACAGAUUGCUGUUAGCUCAACAACUUGAAUACGAGUACGAGCACGGUCCUUGUGGAAAAUGGCGUCCUGGAGACGCAGAUUUAAAUACUUUUGACUUGAUUCGUGAGUUUCGUCUCGAUCAAUCGGAAAUUUUGUACGAGUCUGUUGAGCGAGUUCAGGGCUCAGAUAUGCUUCAAACUGCUUACAGUUUGAGACGGGAGAGUAAUUUGACGAUUCACAGUUACGAAGCCUUCCCCCAAGGAAUCCCUCAUCAAUUCAGUUUCGAGUGCACUUAUCGCAGUCACGAAGAAACCCAAGACCCAUGGUACCUUUUCCAUUUGAGUAACUCCUACGAAGAGUCUCAAAUGUACGUGAAACUCAAUCCAGCGCAUUCGACGUUGGAAGUUUCUUUGCCGCAAGUCGACGGGCAUUUGCAAGUCAUUGAAUUCGAGCAUCGCGAACUCUUCGAUCAACGUUGGCACAAAGUUAUGCUCGGCGUAACGCAUGAAAAAGCCUCACUUUGGGUCGAUUGUCAACCUGUGCGAUAUUUGGAUGGAACGUACGACGCUGAAUUGGAGGCAAGAGGAUAUUUUGAUACUUCGAGUGGAUAUGUUUCUGUAGCGAGAUUUGCUGAAGAGCACGUUUUGCACGCAGAAUCGCCUCAUGUCGAUCUUCAAUGGAUGGUUUUGAGUUGCGAUCCAACGAAACCAACGAAGGAAACGUGCGAUGAAUUGCCUCAGUAUGAAGUUGCGGGAGUUAGUCCUAAUUUGCCGAGUGCUCAGGGACCUCAACCAACGUGCGAUAUCGUUUGCCCAAGAGGACCUCCCGGAUAUAAUGGAACAGAUGGAAUGCCAGGACCUGCAGGACCUCGAGGAUUAAUUGGACCAACAGGACUUCCAGGAGCACGCGGAAAACCCGGACCACGUGGCGUUCCCGGACAACCAGGAGCAAGUUUCACAGCGAAAGGAGAAAAAGGCGAUCAAGGAGUUAUUGGAUUGCCCGGUUUAGAUGGCAAAAAGGGUGAAAAAGGAGAACCUGGCUUUGGCGGGGCAGGAUCUUUAGGACAAAAAGGCGAAAGAGGAGCUCCUGGUAUUCCAGGUCUUCAAGGACUUCCAGGUCCAAUUGGUCCUCCAGGGCCUCCGGGUAAAGUUGUUCACGAAGGCGCUCGCGAAUACGUAAGUGUCGAAUCAGCGCCAGGUCCUCGAGGAUAUCCCGGACCAAUGGGACCUCCCGGAAGAGACGGCAAUGAUGGAAAAGAUGGAGCUCCAGGACUUCCAGGUAAUCCUGGCGAACCAGGAGAAAGAGGACCUGAAGGAGAACGAGGACAACCCGGAAUGAAUGGCAUUCAAGGACCUCCGGGAGAAAGAGGAUUUCGCGGGCCUCCUGGAAGACCUGGAGAAAUGUCAGAUGCGGAUAUUCGCAAUAUUUGUCUCGGAGUUGUGCGCGAUGAGAUGUUGGCGUUGCAAUAUGAACGAGGAAGCGGACCUCCAGGUCCUCCGGGAAAACCUGGACCUCGCGGAGAACAAGGAUUGCCAGGACCAGAAGGACCAAGAGGCGAAAACGGAUAUCCAGGCAUGCAAGGACCUGAAGGCCCUCCUGGACCUCCAGGACGUCAAGGAGAAAAAGGAGAUCGUGGUCAAGAUGGCAUCGGAACUCCCGGCAAACCCGGAAGAGAUGGAAGCCCAGGACCUCGUGGCGAAGAUGGCGUCGGAUUUCCCGGAAAAGACGGUCAACGCGGAGAUCCCGGACCUCCAGGUCCUCGCGGAGAACGCGGAUCGCCCGGACAAUGUCCUCUUCAUUGCAUGUUUGCUCCUCAAGCUUACAUGGCGCCUCAGAGCGACAAAGGACCUCCCGCAUACACCAUGAAGGGUUAA